UCACGUGAGGCGACCGUUUGCAACAAUUGGAGGCGCCGGGUUUAGUGGGUAGGAGCCUCACGGCUACUUCGGGUUCGCUCUGUGACACGAAUACAACUUUGUGCUGGUGCUGGCGAAGUUUCUGAUUCUAAGAAAUUCUUCUGUUACAGCAAGCUUCCACUUUUUAUGCUGUCAGUGCUCAACCCGAGAUGUAACCACAGAAUCCUCUGCUUUUGCAAUCAUCUUGGGAUUUUCGUCGCCGCACCUGCGGUGGAGAAGUCCGUAGCGACGAAGUUGGUUUGACAGUGUCUCGCGGCGAGGACGUCUUUUCGAGCUUUGUACCGUGGAUUGGUAGGUUUCCGUGUUGGAAUUUUACAUUUGUUGCGUUUCCAUGAAGUCCUGUGGAGUGUCGCUCGUUACGGCCGCCGCUGCUUUCAGUGAUGAGGAAAAUAAAAUGGCGGAGGGAAAAGCGAGCGGUGAGACCACGGAGGGUUUCCUCAGCUUAACAGCCGAAGAGAAGGAGGCGCUUGGCGGAUUGGACAGCCGCCUCUUUGGGUUUAUGAGCCUUCACGAAGAUGGGGCGAGGACGAAGACCCUCUUGGGCAAGGCUGUUCGCUGCUAUGAAUCUUUAAUCUUAACAGCUGAAGGAAAAGUGGAGUCUGAAUUCUUUUGUCAGUUAGGUCAUUUCAACCUAUUAUUGGAAGAUUAUUCAAAAGCAUUGUCUGCUUAUCAGAGAUACUACAGUUUACAAUCUGACUACUGGAAGAAUGCUACCUUUUUAUAUGGCCUUGGUUUGGUUUACUUUUACUACAACGCGUUUCAGUGGGCAAUUAAAGCAUUCCAAGAGGUGCUUUAUGUUGAUCCCAGUUUUUGUCGAGCCAAGGAAAUUCAUUUACGACUUGGGCUUAUGUUCAAAGUGAAUACAGACUACGAAUCUAGUUUAAAGCAUUUUCAGUUAGCUUUGAUUGACUGUAAUCCCUGUACUUUAUCCAGUGUUGAAAUUCAGUUUCAUAUUGCCCACUUGUAUGAAACCCAGAGGAAGUAUCAUUCUGCAAAAGAAGCUUAUGAACAGCUUUUACAGACAGAAAAUCUACCUGCACAAGUAAAAGCAACUGUUUUACAACAGUUAGGAUGGAUGCAUCAUAAUGUGGAUCUACUGGGAGACAAAGCCACCAAGGAAAGCUAUGCCAUUCAGUAUCUCCAAAAGUCACUGGAGGCAGAUCCUAAUUCUGGCCAGUCUUGGUAUUUCCUUGGGAGGUGCUACUCAAGUAUUGGGAAAGUUCAGGAUGCCUUUAUAUCUUACAGGCAAUCUAUUGAUAAAUCAGAAGCAAGUGCAGAUACCUGGUGUUCAAUAGGUGUGCUCUAUCAGCAGCAAAAUCAGCCUAUGGAUGCAUUACAAGCCUAUAUUUGUGCUGUACAAUUGGACCAUGGGCAUGCAGCAGCCUGGAUGGACCUAGGCACUCUCUAUGAAUCCUGCAACCAACCUCAGGAUGCCAUUAAAUGCUAUAUAAAUGCAACUAGAAGCAAAAACUGUAGUAAUACUUCCACACUUACAGGAAGAAUUAAGUUUUUACAGGCUCAGUUGUGUAACCUUCCACAAGGUAGUCUACAGCAUAAAACUAAAUUACUUCCUAGUAUUGAGGAGGCGUGGAGCCUACCAAUUCCCGCAGAGCUUACCUCCAGGCAGGGUGCCAUGAACACAGCACAGCAGGCUUACAAAGCUCAUCGUCCAAAUACUGAACCUGUGUUAGGCCUCAGUCAAACACCAAUUUCACAGCAGUCCUUGCCAGUACACAUGAUUACUUCUAGCCCAAUAGAUGGCCUGUGCAGUCCUGCCAAGAGGAAAAGAACAUCUAGUCCAAUAAAGAAUAGUUCUGAGAACUGGAAUAGUGGCUACACUGUUUCACAUACUUCAGUACAGCAACAUAUUCAUUCAUGGUAUUUGACACCACAGAAAUUACAGCACUUGGAACAGCUGCGUGCAAGUAGAAAUAAUUUAAAUCCAGCACAGAAACUGAUGCUGGAACAGUUGGAAAGUCAUUUUGUCUUAAUGCAAAAAAUGAGACAAACAGGACAAACUACUGGAAUUUCUAAUGGGCCAAUAGCUGACUCAUCACUGCCUACAAACUUUCUCUCUAGCCAGCAACCACAUUCUGCUCUACCCAGAGUACCUAGUGUCUCUCAGCCUCAAGUGCGCUCUGCUUGUUUUGAAAAGGCUUUGUCCAGUGGACCUUUUCCUGCAGGCUAUCCUCCUUGCGGCACAUCAGAAAUGCUAGGGAGUACAGACACUGUUUUGGUAGGCAGUAAUUAUAUAACAGGAAAUGGAAGUAAUGGAAAUGUGCCUUACCUGCAGCAAAACACACUCACUCUACCUCAUAACUGCACAAACCUGACCAGCAGCACAGAAGAGCCAUGGAGAAAACAGCUAUCUAACUACACUCAGGGGCUUCACAAAGAUCAGAGUUCACAUUUGGCAGAACCCAGUGAUGAACAGCCUUCACUUUCUGCUGAUACUGCCCAGAAUCUCCUGGUGGCUAGCACUGAUAUUCAGAAACUGGCUGAGCAUAGAACUCUGCCUAGCAGUUCAGUAACACAGGCAGCUGCUCUCAAUCACCUCUCCUCUCAUAUUGCUACCUCAGGUGGACAACAAAGUGUUAACUUUACCAAAGAGAGCACACCUUCAGGAAAUAGAUAUUUAGUGCCUGAAACAAGCAGACAUGCUGGAGAAACACCUGAUGGCUGUGCUGGCAUCAAGAGACUUUCUAAUAAUGUUCAGCUGUUAAUGACAGAACCUAUUUGCAGUUCUAACCAUGGAGAUUCUACAUCACGAAAUUUACUUUCAGACAAUCCUCAGAUUUCUGCCUUGUUGAUUGGAAAAGCCAAUGACAGUUUGAUGACUGGAGCUUGUGACAAAGCCAAUGACAUUCACUCAGAAAUUCAGACAAAGACUAAUAAUUCUGUUGCCUCUUCACCCACUUCAGUCAUUUCCACCACCACACCUUCUCCAAAAUCAACUGAACAGACAACCACACAUAGUAUUACCAGCCUUAACAGUUCUCACAUUAGGUUACAAACAAUUAAUGGAGAAGGUCUAGAGCACUCACAGAGCUCUAAAAAGCCAGACCUGCCUAUAACUAGCCACAAACCUGGUCCUCAGACCAUACCAUUAAUGACUGUGUCCAUAUAUUCAAAUUCCACAGAAGUUCUGAAGGCAUGCAGGAAUCUAGGUAAAAAUGGCUUGUUGAAUAGUCAUAUUUUGUUGGAUAAAUGUCCACCUCCAAGACCACCAACUUCACCUUAUCCACCCUUGCCAAAGGACAAAUUGAAUCCACCCACACCUAGUAUAUAUUUGGAAAAUAAACGUGAUGCUUUCUUUCCUCCAUUACAUCAAUUUUGUAUAAAUCCCAAAAACCCUGUUACAGUAAUACGUGGCCUUGCUGGAGCUCUUAAAUUAGAUCUUGGACUUUUCUCUACCAAAACUUUGGUAGAAGCUAACAAUGAACAUACAGUAGAGGUGAGGACACAGUUGUUGCAACCAGCAGAUGAAAACUGGGAUCCCACUGGAACGAAGAAAAUCUGGCGUUGUGAAAGUAAUAGAUCUCAUACUACAAUUGCUAAGUAUGCACAGUACCAGGCCUCCUCCUUUCAGGAAUCAUUGAGAGAAGAAAAUGAGAAAAGAGUGCAACAUAAAGAAUUUUCAGAUAACGAAUCCACAUCUUCAGAUUCCUCUGGAAGAAAGAAAGGACCUUUUAAAACUAUAAAGUUUGGGACCAACAUUGACCUUUCUGAUGACAAAAAAUGGAAGUUGCAACUACAUGAGCUGACUAAACUUCCUGCUUUUGUGCGUGUCGUGUCAGCAGGAAACCUUCUAAGCCACCUUGGUCAUACCAUUCUGGGCAUGAAUACCGUUCAGCUAUACAUGAAAGUUCCAGGGAGUCGAACACCAGGUCACCAAGAAAAUAACAACUUCUGUUCUGUUAACAUAAAUAUUGGUCCAGGUGAUUGUGAAUGGUUUGUUGUUCCAGAGGAUUACUGGGGUGUUCUGAAUGACUUUUGUGAAAAAAAUAAUCUGAAUUUCCUGAUGAGUUCUUGGUGGCCCAAUCUUGAAGAUCUUUAUGAAGCAAAUGUUCCGGUAUAUAGGUUUAUUCAAAGACCUGGAGAUUUGGUCUGGAUAAAUGCAGGCACUGUGCAUUGGGUUCAGGCUGUUGGCUGGUGCAACAAUAUUUCUUGGAAUGUUGGUCCACUUACAGCCUGCCAGUAUAAAUUGGCAGUGGAACGAUAUGAAUGGAACAAAUUGCAAAGUGUGAAGUCAGUGGUACCCAUGGUUCAUCUUUCCUGGAAUAUGGCAAGAAAUAUCAAAGUCUCAGAUCCCAAACUUUUUGAAAUGAUUAAGUAUUGUCUUCUGAAAAUUCUAAAGCAAUGUCAGACACUGAGGGAAGCUCUCAUUACAGCAGGUAAAGAGAUUAUAUGGCAUGGGCGGACAAAUGAUGAACCAGCGCAUUAUUGUAGCAUUUGUGAGGUGGAAGUUUUUGAUUUGCUUUUUGUCACUAAUGAAAGCAAUUCUCAAAAGACCUACAUAGUACAUUGCCAUCACUGUGCACGAAAAGCAAGUGGAAAUCUGGACAAUUUUGUGGUGCUAGAAGAGUACAAAAUGGAGGACCUGAUGCAAGUAUAUGACCAGUUUACAUUAGCUCCUUCAUUAUCAUCCUCCUCUUCUUGACAUUGUUCCAUGAAAAUGAAAUGGCACCUUAUCUGGUCUUCAGGAGAGUUCUGCACCACUGGUUUUGUAGCUAUUUCUUAAGAGUGCUGACUAAAUGCUCUGUCUAUGCAACCUUUCAGGAAUAGAAUGUCAACCAACUGGAUGUAGGAGAGCACUGCUCCAAGACUGAUCCAACUGUACUUAAUAAUAAUUAUAAAAUGUUUUAUAAUAUCUGACAAAACUGGCACUGUCCAAUAGACUGCUGACUUGAAGAUACCAUUUUUUAUGUUUCUCUAUUUCUGGAGUAAUUAGUUUUCCUCUAUAUUUCAUCCUUUCAGAAUUUUCCUGGUGAAUAUAUACUGUCCUUACUGGCUGUUUGUUUGCUGAGAUAGUUAAAUUCAAGUCUUUGAUUAACUUUUUAAUGUGAAAAAUUAAAUAUUUUAUUGUUGUUUUGG